AUGUCAGCUGUGAAUGAGACCACAUUGCAAUCUGCAGUGUUCCUUCUCACUGGGAUACCUGGGCAGGAAGACGCCCAUCUCUGGAUCGCUAUCCCCCUAAGCUUCAUGUAUGCUAUUUCAAUAGUAGGAAAUGCAGUCAUUAUAUUCUUUAUAAAAACAGAUCAAAGUCUCCAUGAGCCCAUGUACAUUUUCCUUUCCAUGUUGGCUAUCACUGACCUUGGCAUAUCGAUAACCGGCAUGCCAACGAUACUGGGUGUAUUUUUGUUUAACUCCAGGGAGAUCAGCCUCAAUGCCUGUUUGGCACAGCUGUUCUUCAUCCAUUUUCUUUCAAAAAUUGAAUCCUCAGUACUCUUGUUGAUGGCCUUUGACCGCUUCAUCGCGAUCUAUAACCCAAUGACAUACACCUCCAUCUUAACCCUGCCAAGAAUAGCCAAGAUGGGGCUGGCGUUUGUGGUUAGAGGGGUCGCUGUAGUAUUCCCAGUCCCCCUUUUUCUGAAACGCUACCAAUACUGCCGAGCCAAUGUCCUGUCCCAUUGCUACUGUCUAAACCAGGAUGUCAUGAAGUUGGCUUGUUCAGACAUAAAAGUCAGUAGCAUCUAUGGCUUGUUUGUUACAAUCUCCACCGUGGGGUUGGACUCGCUACUCAUCUUCGUCUCCUAUGUGAUGAUCCUCAAAACAGUGCUGGGCAUCGCAUCCCGCACGGAGAGUCUCAGGGCCCUGAACACCUGUGUCUCCCACCUCUGCGCUGUCCUGCUCUUCUUUGUGCCAGACAUCGGCCUGGCUGUGAUACACAGAUUUGGGAACAGCUCUACUCACUUGCUUCAGAUUCUCCUGGGCUACAUCUACCUGCUGGUCCCACCCCUGAUGAACCCGAUUGUGUACAGCAUGAAAAGCAAACAUAUUCGUGCGCGGCUCAUCAGGGUGUUCAUCAAGUUCACCUCAUGGCUCCAGGGCUGGUGA